AAAGCUCCCAGUUUUCAUUACUUAAAUUUUAAUAAAUUCGAAUUUCGCGCUAGCGCUCAAUUGAGUUUACCGGUAAAGUAGGUAUUUACAUCCUUUCAGUUUUCCGAAUCGGAAAGAUGACAAAGGGUACAUCCAGUUUUGGUAAACGUCGUAAUAAGACACAUACUUUGUGUCGCAGAUGUGGUAGGUCUUCGUACCACAUUCAAAAAUCGAAAUGUGCCCAAUGUGGGUACCCCUCUGCCAAAUUGCGAUCAUAUAACUGGUCCAUUAAGGCUAAAAGGAGGAAGACCACCGGAACUGGCAGGCUUCGCCACUUGAAAAUCGUGCGUAGACGUUUCCGUAAUGGAUUCCGUGAGGGUGGGAAACCAGUCCCCAAAAAGGCCACGUAGAUGUUAUAGUUUAUAACAAAUAAAUUUGUCUAAAAAAGUAUUUUUGUUUUA